AUGAAUAAUUUUAAAUAAUAUUUAAGAGUGAAACCUAUAAAUCAAGAUUAAGAAAUUAUAUAAUUAUAAGAAAAUAAAUUAAUAAUAAAAGAUCCGUCAUAAAAAAUAAUUUAACUUAAUUCUCAUAAAGCUUCAUUCAAAGAAUAAACUUUUUAGUUUUAAAAAAUUUUUAAUUAAAACACACUUUAAGAGGAAAUAUUUUAAUAAAUAGGAUAACAAACAAUCGAUAGUGCUUUAAAAGGAAACAAUUAAUUAAUCAUAACUUAUGGAUAAUCUGGCAGUGGAAAAUCAUUCACAUUAUUUGGAGAAGAUAAACAUUAUACUCCUUAAAAUGAUUAAAGUAUUUUAGAAAAAAACAAAGGUGAUUAAAGAGGAAUUAUUACAAGAUGUUGCGAAUAUUUGUUUAAAAAAGCUGAAGAUAUGUAAAAAUCAAAACAAGUAAUUAUAAGUAUAAGUUUAUCAGAAAUUUAUUUUGAUAAAAUUCGAGAUUUAAUUAAACCUUAUUUAAGUUCAGAAGAACAUAAUUUAAUUCUUUAUGAAAAUACAAAUGGAUAAAUAUUAGUUAAAGAUUUAACUUCUCUAUUUUUAGAAAAUUUAGAAUAAUUAUAUUUAAUUUUAAAAAAUGCAUUUCAAAUAAGAGAAGUAUAUGAAAAUAAAGGUGUUUUUAUAAAUUCUAGAUCAAAUACUAUAUUUAAUUUAAAUAUAAUCAUAAAAGAUAAAGAAAAUGAAAAUGUAUUAAUAUCUAAUUCUUUAGUAUAAUUUGUUGAAUUACCUGGUUCUGAAAGAAUAGCAGAAAGUAUGAAUGAAGGCUAAAAAUAUCAAGAAUCUGUAUUAAUAAACUAAUCUUUAUAAGCAAUUGGAAAGGUUUUUUUUAUUUAAAAAUUAAAAAUUAAAAAAUUAAUAUAGUGUUUAUAAGCGAUAGCAUUAAAAAAUCCGAAUAUAAAUUAUAAAGAAACGAAAAUAACAAGAAUGCUAUAAAAUACAAUGAAUUAAAAGAGCUUUAUUUAUUUGAUUGGGUGUAUAAAUCCUCAUGAGAGUAAUUUUGAGGAAUGCUUAAAUACUCUACAAUUUUUGGAAAGAACUACUUUUGAAGCUUCUAAAAAUAAGAAUUUUUAGAAAGAAUAAAAAGGAAAUUUGUAAGAUAUAGAUUAAAAUAAUUUGACUCAUGAAGAUAUAAUCUAACAAUUAAACAAAGAAAUUUUAAUGUAAAAAGUAUUUGUCGAUGAAAUUUAAAAAGAACAUAAAAAAAAACUUCAUAAUAUUUAAAGUUUAUUAGGUAUUGAUGCUGAUUUAGAUAGAUUAUUUAUGAAAAGUUCAUCAAAAGAUUUGUAAGCAAUAAUGCAAAAAAAAGAGGCCCUUAUAAAAUUGGAUAGUGUAUAAAAAUCAAAUGCAGAACUAGAAAAAAAAUAGAAAAACUAAAAAAACAUAUUUAAUAGAUAAAAAAGGAUGAAAAAGAAAAAGAAGAAGCUAAUACUUGCUAAAUUAUUGAGUUACGAGAAUAAAUCAUAACUUUAAAAGAUUGGAUAUUAUAGUAGUGGAGUUAAGCAAUUUCCAAUUCCAGCUUAAGACAAACCUUAAUUUCCUUCUCGAUUAAAAUUUAAAAAGUUAUUUUUUUAAAAAAUAUUAUUUUAUUUUAUAUAUAAAAAUAGUUUAUAUAAAAUGAUUGAUUAAAGACAUAUAAAUAAUAGCUAAUAUAUAAAUAAUAACAGUUAAUAAAUUAAUAAUUAAAGUUAAUUUAUAAAUAAUAAUAACUAUAAUAUUAUGGAUAAUAUUAAAAAUUCUCAAAUAUAGAUAAAGAAAAUUUAUAACAAGGAAAAAAUUGUAAAUUAGUAAUAAUUAUCUUUUUAAUAUAUUUUUUUUAAAAAAAAAUAUAUACAUAUAAAAUAGAAAUAGUAAAGAUGA